AUGCCGCUGCUAUCCAAAAAAUUGAAACUGGUGGCGAAACCAAUUGCCUAUGUUUCUAGGUUUUCAGCAAAGCGCCCAAUUCAUAUAAUACUGGUGUCUUUGAUCAUAUCCGCAUUUGCCUAUCUAUCCGUCAUCCAGUACUAUUUCAAUGGCUGGCAACUAGAUUCGAACAGUGUUUUUGAAACUGCGCCAAAUAAGGACACCAAUAGUCUUUUUCAAGAAUGUUCUCACUACUACAGAGAUUCCUCUUUGAACGGCUGGGUGUCAAUAACCCCAAAUGAAGCCAGCGACUUGUCAACCCCUCAUCACUACUAUCUAUUGAACCUAAAUUUCAACAGCCCAAAUGAAUCCGCAUCCAUUCCGGACCUAUCCAAUACCGUUUUUGACAAGGAAAAUACUAAAUACAUCUUACAAGAAGAUCUCAACGUAUCCAAAGAACUUUCCUCUACUGAUGGAACACAAUGGAGAUUAAGAAGUGACAGAAAAAGUCUUUUCGACGUAAAGACGAUAGCAUAUUCUCUCUAUGACGUGUUGACUACACAUAUAGCUCAAGCAGACCCAUUCGACGUCCUUAUUAUCGUUACCGCUUACUUUAUGAUGUUUUACACAAUAUUCGGCCUCUUCAAUGAUAUGAGGAAGACUGGGUCAAAUUUUUGGUUAAGCGCUUCCACAGUGGUCAAUUCCGCAUCUUCUCUUUUCUUGGCGUUGUACGUUACUCAAUGUGUCUUGGGGAAAGAAGUUUCCGCUUUAACCCUUUUUGAAGGUUUACCGUUUAUUGUUGUCGUUGUUGGCUUUAAGCAUAAAAUCAAGAUUGCUCAAUAUGCCUUGGAAAAAUUUGAAAGAGUUGGAUUGUCAAAAAGAAUUACUACCGAUGAAAUCAUUUUUGAAGCCAUGGGUGAAGAAGGUGCCCGUUUGAUUCAAGACCACUUGCUUUGUAUCGUUGCCUUUAUCGGAUGCUCCAUUUAUGCUCAUCAAUUAAAGACUUUGACCAACUUUUGCAUACUAUCAGCAUUUAUCCUAAUCUUUGAGCUGAUUUUAACUCCAACAUUUUAUUCCGCUAUCUUAGCUCUAAGAUUGGAAAUGAAUAUUAUCCACAGAUCCACCAUCAUUAAGCAAACCUUAGAAGAAGAUGGUGUUGUCCCCUCCACAGCAAGAAUUAUUUCUAAAGCAGAAAAAAAAUCAGUUUCUACAUUCUUGAACCUCAGUGUGGUGGUGAUCAUUAUGAAAUUAUCUGUCAUUCUGUUGUUUGUUUUCAUCAACUUUUACAACUUUGGCGCUAAUUGGGUCAAUGAUGCCUUCAACUCCUUAUAUUCCAAUAAGGAACAAAUAUCGUUACCAGAUUUCAUUACUUCUAACACCUCUGAAAACUUCAAUGAACAAGCUAUUGUUACCGUCACACCAUUGUUAUAUUAUAGACCUAUCAAAUCUUACCAACGUGUUGAGGAUAUGAUUCUUCUAUUACUUCGUAAUGUUAGCGUUGCCAUUCGUGACAGAUUUGUCAGUAAAUUAGUCCUUUUUGCCUUAGUAUUCAGUGCCUUCAUCAAUGUUUAUUUACUAAAUGCCGCUAGGAUUCAUACCAGUUACACCGCAGACCAAUUAGUAAAGACCGAAUUCACUAAAAAAUCUCGUACAGCUCCAGUAGCAAGAGCUUCUACUCCAAUUUUAACUAAAAAAACUGUGACUGCUGAAUCUAAAACAAAAGUUUCAACAAUCGUUCAGGCAAGUUCUUCAGUAUCCUCAUUUUCUUCUAGUGAAGAAGAUGAAUCCCGUGAUAUUGAAAGCUUGGAUAAGAAAAUACGUCCUCUAGAAGAAUUAGAAGCACUCUUAAACAGCGGAAGUACAGAUCAACUCAAGAACAAGGAAGUUGCUGCAUUGGUUGUCCAUGGCAAAUUACCUUUAUACGCUUUAGAAAAGAAGCUAGGUGAUACCACUAGAGCUGUUGCAGUACGUAGAAAGGCUCUUUCCAUUUUGGCAGAAGCUCCCGUUUUAGCAUCUGACCGUUUACCAUAUAAACACUAUGAUUACGAUCGUGUGUUUGGUGCUUGUUGUGAAAAUGUUAUUGGCUAUAUGCCAUUGCCUGUUGGUGUUAUCGGUCCAUUGGUCAUURAUGGUACAUCUUAUCACAUUCCAAUGGCUACUACAGAAGGUUGUUUGGUGGCUUCCGCUAUGCGUGGUUGUAAGGCAAUUAACGCCGGUGGCGGUGCAACAACCGUUUUAACUAAGGAUGGUAUGACAAGAGGUCCUGUGGUUCGUUUCCCUACUUUGAUAAGAUCAGGUGCUUGCAAAAUUUGGAUUGAUUCUGAAGAAGGUCAAAAUACUAUUAAGAAGGCAUUCAACUCCACAUCCAGGUUUGCACGUUUGCAACAUGUACAAACUUGUUUGGCAGGUGAUUUACUUUUCAUUAGAUUCAGAACUACUACUGGUGAUGCGAUGGGUAUGAAUAUGAUAUCCAAAGGUGUUGAAUAUUCUUUAAAGCUAAUGGUAGAAGAAUACGGCUGGGGUGAUAUGGAAAUUGUUUCAGUUUCUGGUAAUUAUUGUACUGAUAAAAAACCAGCUGCAAUUAACUGGAUUGAAGGCCGUGGUAAGAGUGUUGUUGCCGAAGCUACUAUUCCUGGCGAUGUCGUCAGAAAGGUAUUAAAGAGUGAUGUUGCCGCAUUAGUUGAAUUGAACAUAGCCAAGAACUUGGUUGGUUCCGCAAUGGCUGGAUCUGUCGGUGGGUUUAACGCACACGCAGCCAACUUAGUGACGGCCGUUUUCUUGGCAUUGGGACAAGAUCCCGCACAAAAUGUUGAAAGUUCCAACUGUAUAACAUUAAUGAAGGAAGUGGACGGUGAUUUAAGAAUUUCUGUAUCCAUGCCAUCCAUCGAAGUCGGAACCAUUGGUGGUGGUACCGUUUUAGAACCACAAGGUGCCAUGCUAGACCUAUUGGGUGUAAGAGGCCCUCAUGCUACCGCUCCCGGCACCAAUGCUMGUCAAUUAGCAAGAAUUGUCGCAUGUGCCGUCCUGGCUGGUGAACUAUCCUUAUGUGCUGCCCUAGCGGCUGGCCAUUUAGUGCAAAGUCAUAUGGCGCACAACAGGAAACCCGCCCAGCCAGCAAAACCUAAUAAUUUGGAUGCCACUGACAUCAAUCGUUUGAAAGAUGGGUCCGUUACCUGCAUUAAAUCCUAA